GUGUCCCCUGUUCACAGCUUUAGCCUACUGUCUGUGAGCAUACCUCUUCACCCUCACAGGUGGGGGCCCAGUGGGGUCAGGAAGUCGGAAGCUGAGCUUUGGGGAAAGCAAAGAAGCUGGGAGAUGGGGAAGGGAGUUGGUGAGAUGAGGAGUCAAUUUAGGCAUGAAGUGCUCUCUCUCUCUGUCUCUGUCUCUGUCUCUGUCUCUGUCUCUGUCUCUGUCUCUCUCUGUUCUCUCAGUGUCUGCUCACCUUCCUGUCCACUCCCUGGAUGCCUGAGCAGCCAUGAAAGCUUGUGGCCAGAGUCUCCACCAUAGGCCUCAAGUGGGACAAGACAUAUGUUCUUGUCCUGCAUCUGCCCUUCCCUGCUGUCUCUGGAACAGCCUCUACCUUAUCCACGCUGCUGGGAUGCUCCUGAAGGUGAUUCCGCCUCCUCUGCAGAACCUUCCCAGACCUGGGGGCUGAGGACACCCUGCUGGCCAGCUGCUAUCUCUCACCUCCCAGAUGUGUCUCUCUGACUGGGCAUUGGGUUCCAGUACCUUCAACUUCAGAGAAUGUAAAGUCAUAGUUGGGAGUCAGAGGGACCUGCCUAGUUAGCAAGGCGGUGUGGCCUUGGCCAAGUUCCUGGCUUCCCUGAGUCUCAGAUUCAGAUUCCCCGACAGCUUUCUUCCUCCUGGGGGAAGAUAAUAAGGACAAUAACCCCUUGUCAGGAAGAUGGAGUGAGGCAUGUAAAAUGUUUUGCCCACAGCCCCAGUGUUUGGAAUCAGACAAGAGUAGUAGGAGAAACCGACCAGGGUUGGGAGCUGGGGAGCCCCGCCUGUGGUAGAAGUGGCUUGGGGCUGAGUCUUGUCUCUGUCUAGGUCACCCCUUCCUCUCCUCCCCUUUUCCAGCCAGCCUUUAUCUUUUUCAGGAAGUUCCACACUAGCAAUGGAGAGGGUCUAGAAGGAGUUACUCCCAGCAGCCCAGAAUGGGCAAAGCCCUUUGCUUCUGCAUGGUAUAGGAUGUAUAGGAUGUCUGCCGAGAUCCUAGUCAGAGUUGGGAGGGGCCACAGCAGAGCAAGGCCUUAUCCUACUGAGUCCCACUUGUGGUCCUGUGACCAGCCAGAGAUUUCUUGCCCCUCUCUCUUUGCUGGUUUCCCUCUCAUCAUUUCUAUCCCAGGGACCCCAACUGUCCCUAGUGCUCCUGUGAUUCCCAGAAGUCCUUGUCCCCUGCAGCUCCAGGCAAAGGUUGUCACCCAGUACCAUUGCAGGCUGCUUUGGGUGGGUAUGGAAAGGAUGGAGGAGGCCUGGGUCUGGCAUGCUCUAUCUUUCCUGAGCUGUCCUUCCCAGGGCCUCUCUGGAGAAGCCCCAGGAUGCCAGGUGGCUGUUCCCCAAGUGCCUCCAUCCCCCUCAAAUACUGAGGUAGCUAUACUUUCUCAUCUCUGCAAGCCAGGGCUUGUCCUUGGUAGUGUGGGGGAGACAGAGCUCACCAAGGAGGAGUCCGGAAGACAUCCAAGGAGGCAGGGUGUGUGGGGGUAGAGAAGGGCGGUUAAGUCACAGCACGAAGGCUGAGGAGGCACCCUAGCAGGGCCCAGGCCCCUGUGACAGGUGCCCCUGCCUGGCCAGUUUCCCCCUGCCACCUUUUUGAUGCCUGCAGGUGUAAGGACUUUCCCAUACCCCUUACCACUGGUGGAGAGGACCGAUGGUGGCCCAUGCCAGCUCAGCGCGGAGGAACCAUGACUAGCCUUCCCAGAGUGCCCAGCUCUACCUACGCCUGCUGCCAAACUCAUAGGCAGGAUGACUUCAAGCUGAAGGAGAUUCCCUUCCUUUCUCCCAAGUCCAGGGCCAGAGGGAUGGAUAGCUGCCCCACCUGUCCCACAAUGGCCCUUUCCCCAGGGGUCCUCUGUGUCCUUGACGCCAGCGCCAGCAUAGGCAUACUUGUCAGUCCCCACACAGCACAUCGCUGGCCGCUCCAGCCCCUUGCUGAGUUCCCUCUACCUGUUCAGUAGAAAGUAGAAGUGGACCUUCCCCCUUCCCUGGUGACCUUCCCCAGUCUGUGGGAGGAAGGGGGAGUGUGCGCCUGUUCUCAUCUGCCUGGUAAUUAUCUUCCUUUAUCGUGGGGGAUGCCCAAGGCCUGGCUUCAGGCUGUGGGAGAUCAGAGGAGGAGCCGGAAGAGCAGCUUACAACAGCUGCCAGGAGGGACCAGGCUAGUUUACACUUGGAAGUUGGGAUGCCAGGACCAGCCCUCUGCCGCGUCCUCUGCCUCCUGACCGGCUCACUCCACACUGAGACGCCUGCCUCCGCCCCCCACUCCUGAGCUUGCCGAGUUCCGGGCUUCCUUCCCAGGGCUCAGAGGCCCGACUGCUCCUUCCCUUCCCACGGCUGAGUGGGCGAAGGAGCCCCUGGGUGAGCUGCACCAGUUUUGACUCUGCAGACUUUAUGGGGAUGAGGCCCCUGAUCCUGUUCGCUUCCCUCCUCUGGCUCCAGGGCCUUUUGGCAGAGGAAGAUGCAUGCCCACCACUGGAAGGGAGCCCAGACAGGGAGGGCGGAGGUCCACCCCUGAGCAUUAAUGUCAGCAGCCAAGGAAAGCCUACCAGCCUGUUUCUGAGCUGGGUGUCGGUAGAUCCAGAUGGAUUGGACUAUACCCUCCAUCUCAGGAGUCUGAACCCCGUGGGCUCUCCAGAAGGGCAGCAGCUCCAGGCUCGCACAAAUGAGUCUAGCUUUGAGUUCCACGGCCUGGUGCCAGGGAGUCACUACCAGCUGGAAUUGACUGUCCUAAGACCCUGUUGGCAGAAUGUCACUGUCACCCUCACUGCCCAAACUGCCCCAUCAGUGGUCCGUGGACUACAGCUGCAUAGCUCUGGGAGCCCAGCCAGCCUGGAAGCCUCAUGGAGCGAUGCCCCUGGGAAUCAAGACAGCUACCAGCUUCUCCUCUACCACCUGGAAUCCCAAACGCUGGCAUGCAAUGUCUCAGUGUCCCCCGGCAUCCUGUCUUACAAUUUUGGCAACCUCUUGCCAGGUAGUCAGUAUGUCUUGGAGGUUAUCACCUGGGCUGGCAGUCUCCAAGCGAAGACUAGCAUCCACCAGUGGACAGAGCCUGUGCCCCCAGAUCACCUAGUACUACGUGCCUUGGAUACUAGUAGCCUGCGAGCCUCCUGGAACAGCUCUGAUGGGGCUGCCUGGUUCCAUCUGAUACUCACAGACCUCCUAGGGGCCACCAACCUGACUGCAGUGGUCAAACGAGGGGUCUCCAGACACACCUUCCUCCACCUGUCUCCAGGCACACCUCACAAGCUGAAGCUCUGUGCUGUUGCUGGGCCCCACUGGGUCGUGGGGCCCAAUGCCACUGAGUGGACCUAUCCCUCCCACCCAUCUGACCUGGUGCUGACUCCCUUGUCUAAUGAGCUCUGGGCAAGCUGGAAGGCAGGGCCAGGAGCCCGGGACAGCUAUGUACUGAAGUUAAGUGGGCCAGUGGAGAAUACUACUAAUCUGGGCCCUGAAGAGUGCGAUGCUGUGUUCCCAGGACCCCUGCCUCCCGGACACUACACCUUGGGACUGAAGGUUCUAGCUGGACCUUAUGAUGCCUGGACGGAGGCCAGCACCUGGCUGACUGAGCCUGCUGCAUUCCCCAGGGAGAGUCCUGGUGCCAGACUGUGGCUAGACGGACUACUGGAAGCUACCAAGCAGCCUGGGAGGCGGGCACUACUCUAUGAUGCUGGUGCUGCAGGCCUCCUAGGAAACAUCUCUGUGCCCUUUGGUGCCACCCAUGUCACUUUCUGUGGCUUGGUUCCUGGCGCCCACUACCGGGUGGACAUUGCCUCAUCUGUGGGAGACAUCACUCAGAGCAUCACAGGCUACACACGCCCCCUGCCACUGCAGUCGCUGGAGGUCAUUAACAGGAGCAGCCCAUCUGACCUGACUAUCCGUUGGGUCCCAGCACCAGGACAGCAGGAAGGCUACAGGUUCACUUGGCAUCAGGAUGGCAGCCAGAGGUCACCUGGCAACCUUGUUGACUUGGGCCCUGACAAUUCUAGCCUGACCCUGACGUCUCUGGUACCUGGCUCCUGCUACACUGUGUCAGCAUGGGCCUGGGCUGGGAACCUCAGCUCCCACUUGCGGAAGAUCCACAAUUGCACCCGCCCUGCUCCUCCCGCCAACCUGAGCCUGGGCUUUUCCACCCAGCCUACAGCACUGAGGGCUUCCUGGAGUCACCCACCAGGUGGCAGGGAUGGCUUUCAGCUGCGGCUUUACAGGCUGAGGCCCCUGGCACUGGAAAGCAAGAAGAUCCUGCCCCCAGAGGCCAGGAACUUCUCCUGGGUCCAGCUGGCUGCAGGCUCUGAGUUCCAGGUACAGCUGGCUACCUUGUGGGGUUCCGAGGAAAGUGGCAGUGCCAACGCUACAGGCUGGACACCUCCUUUAGCCCCCACAUUGGUAAAUGUGACUAGUGAGGCUCCCACCCAGCUCCAAGCAUUCUGGGUCCAUGCUCCUGGGGGCCGGCACAGCUACCAAGUGUCCCUAUACCAGGAGGGUGCCCGGACAGCCACCAGCAUCAUGGGACCCAAGGCACACAGCACAACCUUUUCGGGUUUGACUCCUGGCACUAAGUACAAAGUGGAGGUCAUCUCCUGGGCUGGGCCCCUUUACGCUGCGGCAACCAACGUUUCUGCUUGGACAUACCCCCUCACACCCAAUGAGUUGCUCGUGUCAAUGCAGGCAGGCAGUGCUGUGGUUAACCUGGCCUGGCCCAGUGGCCCCUCGGGGCAGGGGACGUGCUAUGCCCAACUCUCAGAUGCCGGACACCUCUCGUGGGAGCAGCCCCUGUCACCAGGCCAAGACCGCCUUGUGCUGAGGCACCUCACACCGGGACAUACCAUCUUGAUGUCUGUGAAGUGUCAGGCAGGGCCACUCCAGGCCUCCACUCACCCUGUGGUGCUAUCUGUGGAGCCUGGCCCUGUGGAAGAUGUGCUAUGCCAGCCCGAGGCCAACCACCUGGUCCUGAACUGGACGAUGCCUGUUGGAGAUGUGGAUGCGUGUCUGGUGGUGGUUGAGCAGCUGGUGGGGGCAGGGAGUGCUCACUUUGUCUUCCAGGUCAACACCUCAGAGGAUGCUCUCCUGUUGCCCAAUUUGAUGCCCGCCACUUCCUACCGCCUCAGCCUCACUGUGCUGGGCAGGAAUAGCCUGUGGAGCCGGGCAGUCACCCUGGUGUGCACUACUUCCACCGAGGUUUGGCACCCCCCUCAGCUAGCCGAGGCCCCCCAGCUGGAGCUGGGGACAGGGAUGGGUGUGACAGUCACACGUGGCAUGUUUGGCAAAGACGAUGGGCAGAUCCAGUGGUAUGGCAUAAUUGUCACCAACAACAUGUCAUUGACCCGACCUCCCCGGGAAGCCGUCAACCACACAUGGUAUGACCACUACUAUGGAGGAUGUGACUCCUACCUGGCUGCCCUGUUCCCCAACCCCUUCUACCCAGGGCCUUGGGCUGUGCCAAGAUCCUGGACAGUGCCUGUGGGUACAGAGGACUGUGGCCAUACUCAGGAGAUAUGUAAUGGGCAUCUCAAGCCAGGUUUCCAGUAUAGGUUCAGCGUUGCAGCUUUUAGCAGGCUCAGCCUUCCCGAGACCAUCAUCACCUUCUCGGCCUUCUCAGAGCCCCAAGCCAGCGUCUCUCUGGUGGCAGUGCCCGUGACGGUGAUGACGGGGACUGUGGUGGGCUGCAUCUUCAUUGUGUGUGCUGUGCUGUGCUUGCUGUGCUGGUGGCGCCUGAAAGGACCAAGGCCAGAGAAGGACGGUUUUUCCCAUGAGUUGAUGCCUUACAACCUUCGGCGGACCCAUCGGCCCAUCCCCAUCCAUAGCUUCCGGCAGAGCUAUGAGGCCAAGAGUGCACAUGCACACCAGGCUUUCUUUCAGGAAUUUGAGGAGCUGAAGGAGGUAGGCAGGGAGCAGCCCAGACUAGAGGCUGAGCAUCCUGACAACACCUCCAAGAACCGGUACCCACACGUGCUGCCCUAUGACCACUCCAGGGUCAGACUGAGCCAGCUGGCAGGAGAAUCUCAUUCUGACUACAUUAAUGCCAACUUCAUCCCAGGCUACAGCCACCCACAGGAGUUCAUCGCCACUCAGGGGCCGCUCAAGAAGACGGUAGAGGACUUCUGGAGGCUGGUAUGGGAGCAGCAAGUCCACAUCAUCAUCAUGCUGACUGUGGGCAUGGAGAAUGGGCGGGUGCUGUGUGAGCACUACUGGCCAGCCAACUCCACCCCUGUCACCCAUGGCCACAUCACCAUCCACCUCCUGGCGGAGGAGCCCGAGGAGGAGUGGACCAGGAGAGAAUUCCAGCUGCAGCACGGUGCCCAGCAAAAACAGCGGCGGGUGAAGCAGCUACAGUUCACCACCUGGCCAGACCACAGCAUUCCAGAGGCUCCCAGCUCCCUGCUCAAGUUUGUGGACCUGGUACGGGAGCAGGUGCGGGUCACUCAGGGCAAGGGACCCACGCUGGUGCAUUGCAGUGCGGGUGUGGGCCGGACAGGCACUUUUGUGGCUCUCUUGCGGCUGCUGCAGCAACUAGAGGAAGAGCAGAUGGUUGACGUGUUCAACACCGUGUACAUGCUUCGGCUGCACCGGCCCCUCAUGAUCCAGACGCCGAGUCAGUACAUCUUCCUGCACAGCUGCCUGCUGAACAAGAUUCUGGAAGGGCCCUCUGACACCCCAGACUCCGGCCCCAUCUCUGUGAUGAAUUUUGCACAGGCUUGUGCCAAGAGGGCAGCCAAUGCCAACGCUGGUUUCUUGAAGGAGUACAAGCUCCUGAAGCAGGCCAUCAAGUAUGAGACUGGCUCUCUGCUGCCCCCUCCUGGCUAUGAUCAGAACAGCGCAGUCCCCGGCGAUCAUUCUCAGAAGCAGUUCUCCCUGGUGGAGGAGAGCCCUGCUGACAACAUGCUGGAAGCCUGGCUCUUCCCUGGUGGGCCGUGUGGUCGGGACCACGUGGUGCUGACUGGCCCUGCCAGACCGAAGGAGCUCUGGGAACUGGUGUGGGAACAUGGCGCCCACGUGCUGGUCUCCCUGGGUCUGCCUGAUACCAAAGAGAAGCCACAAGACUUCUGGCCAAUGGAGAUGCAGCCUAUUGUCACAGACAUGGUGACCGUGCACAGAGUGGCCGAGAGCAACACAGCUGGGUGGCCUUGUACCCUCUUCAGGGUCAUACAUGGGGAGAGUGGAACAGAGAGGCAGGUUCAACGCUUGCAGUUUCCAUGCUGGGAGUCUGGGUGUGAGCUCCCAGCUACCACCUUACUGCCCUUCCUGGAUGCUGUGGGCCAGUGCUGCUCCCGAGGCAAGAGCAAGAAGCCAGGGACCCUGCUCAGCCACUCCAGCAAGGGCACAAACCAGCUGGGCACCUUCUUGGCCAUGGAACAGCUGCUACAGCAGGCGGGGACCGAAUGCACUGUGGAUGUCUUCAAUGUGGCCCUGAAGCAGUCCCAGGCCUGUGGCCUCAUGACCCCAACGCUGGAGCAGUAUAUCUACCUCUACAAGUGUCUGAACAGUGCACUGCUGGAUGGACUGCCCGGAGUUGGGGAGUGGCCUGUACCCUGCUAGGCAUCAUGUCCCAGGCCUGGCUUUGCAGGAAGAGCAGCCUCCACCAGGCCUCAUGCCGAGAAAGGGCAGAGUCAGGAAAUAAAGACGCAUGGUCAGA